GACCUGACCUCGCCCAUCGUCCCCACGGGCCUCGACUUCUCCCACCUGCUCACCCCGCACCUGCCCUUCGAGCCCGACUUCCCCACCACCCUCGCCGCCCUCUGCGACACCCUCCGCGACGUCUACACGCGCCUCGCCGACCUCGCCAACGCGAACGCGCUCCUCGCCGAGGGCCCGCUCAUCGCCGAGGCCUUCGCCAAGGCGGACAAGGCGCUGCGGAAAAUCUUCGCCGCCAACAGCGUGCGCGAGUUCGAGGAGGCCAGCCGCGCCGGCGUCCGCACCGAGGUCGCCGGCCUGGGCAAGCUGAUCCUCGGCGGCCUGAUGUAG